GCUUCAAAGUAAGGCAGCCAUUUUUCUGUUCAGUUUUGCUGCGAGGAAAAAUACAUAAUCCAUGCCAUCUAUACAGCUAAAAAAGUGCUGAAUUAUAAGGAACAUAAUGAAAGCACAGCGCAUCUUGUCAACGCAAGACAACCGUGGAGAACUUAUGUUCCAACGCCUUGAAAAGAUAAAAACUUUUCUGUCCACUUUGGAAGAAGUUGAAGAUCCUGACGAACCAUCUGAAAAUGAUAAAGCUGAGCAACAAGRCACACAAGAAAAUGAUGAAGAAAAGCUCACAUCGGAGCAACCAACAGCGCCUGCGCACAAGUACACAAACGUCACAUUCCCACGUGGCUUUUCUCCGUCCCAGUGCUCUCUCCUCGCUUCUCGACAACGCAGUGCAAACUACYUAUACUUUUCAACCAAUGAACGUGGAGAAUUUUUAUCCAAUGAAAAUCCAUGCCAGUCAGUUAAAACCCCUAAAAGGAAAAAGAAGAAAAACAAAUCUACGAGAAAUCWCGUGAUAAGCAGUGCUCAACUUGAAUCUCGCUAUCUAAAACCUGUUUUACCGGUAUCAGACCSAAACGAAACAAUGUCAAGGUCAAGUUUCAGUCAAUUGGCAAGAAUUCAUGCCAAAACUGGUUUUGAAUCUGGAUCGAUAACAAUGAGUUCUUUAAAAUCUGGACAAACUAGUCAAACCGGUUUGAAAAGCAAAGAGGAGAUAGCCAAACACCUAGCAAAGCAUGCCCAGGAACUGUUAAAAAUACAAUCCAGCGAGACAAUAGCAGAAAUACAGCGAGUUGAAAGAACUUUAUAUUAUAAAAGAAGCAAAAAUUGCCCUCGUCCUCCUGAAUUGCCUGUCUAUCUCUUCAAAAAGAGGCCUACAUUACCAAAUUUUAAACCAAWUGAACGUCUUUCUGAUCCAAGAAUCCGCACACAAGAAAUAAAGCUUGAACACAAAUAAUGAAACUUUUAGAUAUUCUAUUCUCCAUUGUUCUUCUGCGGCUUCCCGACCCACGUACGAAUGUCUUGGUUUUUACACUGAUUAUAUAUCAACCUAUGGGUAACACAUUUUUAAAAUAAAAUGUGGAUUAAGUAA